AUGGCCAACUACAACGGGCGUCGUGCCCCCAACUUCUCCCAGUACAUCGAUGAUCUGAACGCGAUUCCUUCGCCUUACGACCAGGCUCUGCAGCAGCAACAGCAGCAGACCCCGUACAACCUCGACACUGAACUCGCUCUGUUCACCAACACCGAGUUCUUUGACUUCGACAAGUUCACAGAUCUCGGUCUGCCCGCUUUCGACUCGGUGGAUGAGAAGCCCCAGACUGUGGAACAGUCCCACGCCGCGGAUUCCAACUUUUUGGAUUUCUUGAACAAUGAGGGCCUGAACUCCAUCCCUGACUAUCAGCCGGAGCUGAACCAGAAUGCUCAGUCUAUGCACAAUGCGCAUUACCCGGUCGCCCCUGCGGUCAACCAGGCCCCCAUUCGACCUGCCCCAAUCAGCGUUCCGAAGGUUCUUCCGGCUCCACCUGCUCACUCCAUGUCGCCUCCCACUCCGGUGACCGGCACUAAGCGCAAGAACUCCAAGUCCGCCCAGGAGCCUGAGGAUGACACCCGCCACAUGGCAGAGGAGGACAAGCGUCGCCGCAACACUGCUGCCAGUGCCCGCUUCCGUGUGAAGAAGAAGCAGCGCGAGGCUGCGCUCGAGCAGACCGUCAAGGAAACCACCAACAAGAACGAUAUCCUGGAGGCACGUGUUUCCCAGCUCGAGCUUGAGAACCACUGGCUCCGUGGCUUGAUCAUGGAGAAGAACGGUGCGGACGAGCAGUCUGAGCAGGAUAUCUCUGAUAUGUUCAAGAAGUUCCUUGCUUCACAGAAUGCCGAUGCGACAAGUUCGUCCAGCUUGAAGCACGGCGUGGGCACCACUGCCUAG